AUGGUCAUGGCGGUGGGGGCCGUGAUAGCGGUAGCGCUGGCGAUGGCGGCGGAGGUCCAAGGGUACGCGAUGACGAGAGCAGGAGGAGCGAACUUCGUAUCCGGUCUCUCUACCUUCUCCUCCUCCUCCUCCCUCACUGGGCUCCCUCUCUCCUCGAGGGCGUGCCGUGCUCGGUCGGUCGGUCGGGGAGCCUUGAGUCUGAGCGCGGCCCAGCAUGCGCCGGCGAAGCUGAGAAACGACCUCAUGGUUCGAGUGGCUCGAGGGGAGAAGGCUGAGAAGACGCCAGUCUGGCUCUUCAGGCAGGCAGGUAGGCAUCUACCGGAGUACGAGGCGUACAAGAAGGAGACAGGGUGCAACUUCCUGCAGCUCCUGGACGAUCCCAAGCAUGUCGCCGAGUGUACCAUGCAGCCCAUCCGACGAUACAACCUGGACGCUGCCAUUCUGUUCUCAGACAUCCUCGUUGUUGCCGAGGCACUGGGCAUCAAGGUGGAGAUGCCAGGAGGAAAGGGUAUCACUGUCCCUCAUCCUCUCGCCUCUCCCUCAGAGGUGUCCACCAGGAUUCCUGCGUCCAUCGAUGUGAAAGACAAACUGUCGCACGUCAUCGACGCUGUCAAACUGAUCAAGAAGGAGCUCGACGGCAAAGUUCCUCUGAUUGGGUUCAGCGCCGCCCCGUGGACGUUGAUGUACUACAUGGUCGGUGGAAGUUCCAAGAAGAACCAAGAGAACGGAGAGAGGUGGCUGAAGGAACACCCUGUUGAGUCUCAGAAGUUGCUUGACAUCUUGACGAGCACCGUCAUCGACUACAUGUCUGCUCAGGUCAAAAGAGGAGGCGUCGAGUGGAAGGAGAAGCUGACGUUCGACGGCUGA